AGAAGCAAAGAGCAAAUGGAUUCACUGAGCCACUUGUACGGUGCCGGGCAGUGCAGGGUUUGCUUGGGCAACAGAGCAGACGGGCAGCAGCAGCUUUCGGUGUCUCACCUCACAGCCUUUCAGCCUUCAACUGCACUGCACGCCUCCAUCUUCACACAUCUUAAAUAGAAACUGUGGAUGUGGGACAAAUCUUAAAAGCGCAUGAGAAACUUAAUAUUUAGGAACUGCUAACAGCUGCUCCCAUAGCUUGGGUUUUAAGCAACACAACAUCAGGGUGUGCCUUGAGUUAACAGGGACAACAGCCUAAGUAGGCUCAGGUCGUUCAGAGCCCUGACUCGCUGCACGUUGCAUGCAUUUCAGUCUUGUUGGCUUGUCUGUGUGGUGCGAGCAAAUGUCUACACCCAGCCCACCAGUUAAUAGCUUUUCUACUGUUUUGUUUCCUGAAAAUGAAAUGGGUUCUAUGCACUUAUUUGAUACCAACACCCUUUGACAGACUUCACGAGGCACACUUUCCUCACGUAAUUGCUUAUUUUCAGUGUCUAAAGGGAGGGAAGAGUUAAGAAGUGGACAGAUUGCUUAGCAGGGUCAGGGCAAAGGGGAACGGUUUGCGACUGAACGAGAUUUAAAUCAGAUGUAAGGAAGAAGUCGCCUAGGCACUCAGGGACCUCAAUCUCCCCUCACGCUUCCCGCCUUUCCCGCGCUCACGCCGCCCGCCGCCACAGCUGUGCGCAGCCAACCCGCAGCGGAGCUGAAGGAAAAACCGCUUCGAACAGCGGGCGCUCGCGGCCCUGCGUGUGGAGAUCGGAGCGGGAGGCGGCGAGAAACGAUCGGGAACCACGGGCGGUUUAGUGAGCCGCGAGAAGGAGAGCCCUAAUGGGCGAAGGCGCGGCUCUGUCUCUAUGGAGCUGUUGGGGCCCGGAGGAGCCGCGAUGCCGCUGUUCGAGGGCCUGGGAAGCGGCGGGGAGAAGACCGCCGUGGUGCUCGACCUGGGCGAGGCCUUCACCAAGUGUGGUUUUGCAGGUGAAACAGGACCAAGAUGCAUUAUUCCUAGUGAAAUAAAGAAACCUGAUGUCCCAAAGCCAGUCAAGGUUGUUCAAUAUAAUAUCAGUGCAGAAGAGCUAUAUUCAUAUCUGGAGGAAUUUAUUCAUAUGUUAUAUUUUAGACAUCUUCUGGUGAAUCCCAGUGACCAUCGUGUUGUGAUCAUAGAAUCUGUCCUCUGCCCUUCACACUUCAGAGACACUCUUGCCAGAGUCCUUCUCAAGCAUUUUGAGGUACCUUCUGUUUUGUUUGCUCCAAGCCAUCUCAUGUCUCUUCUGACACUUGGGAUCAACUCUGCCAUGGUGCUAGACUGUGGAUAUAAAGAAAGCUUGGUGCUGCCUAUUUAUGAGGGAACUCCGAUUCUGAGCUGCUGGGGUUCUCUUCCUUUGGGAGGAAAAGCCAUCCACAAGGAGCUGGAAUAUCGGCUGUUGGAGCAGUGCACAGUUGAUACAGGAUUAGCCAAAGGCCAAAGCCUUCCAUCUGUAAUGGGCUCUGUUUCAGAAGACAUAGUAGAAGAUAUAAAAGUUCACACUUGUUUUGUGAGUGAUCUCCAACGUGGACUGAAAAUCCAAGCAGCCAAGUUCAACAUUGAUGGCAGUGCUGAGCGUCCUUCACCGCCUCCAGAUGUGGACUAUCCUUUAGAUGGUGAAAAGAUUCUCCAUGUAGUUGGCUCCAUCCGAGACUCAGUUGCGGAAAUACUGUUUGAACAGGAUAACGAAGAGACAUCUGUUGCCACUUUGAUCUUAGAUUCACUCAUUCAGUGUCCCAUCGACACGAGGAAGCAGUUGGCAGAGAACUUGGUGGUUAUGGGUGGCACUGCCAUGUUGCCGGGAUUCCUGCACAGACUGAUGGCUGAAAUCAGGUACCUGGUAGAAAAACCGAAAUACAGAGAAGUGCUUGCGACUAAAACCUUCAAAGUUCACACUCCACCUGCCAAACCCAACUACGUGGCGUGGCUGGGAGGAGCCAUUUUUGGAGCACUUCAGGACGUUCUUGGGAGCCGGUCUGUGUCCAGAGAAUAUUACAGCCAGACGGGGCGCAUACCUGACUGGUGCUGUCUGAGUAAUCCUCCACUGGAGAUGAUGUUUGAUGUUGGAAAAGCACCCCCACCACUGAUGAAGAGGGCUUUUUCUACUGAGAAAUAAGCAUCAAAAUGCUACACGAGAAUUCUCCUCCUCUGUUUCAAGUACAUGUAUGUAAAUAUCAGUAGGAUUUCCUGUAUGGAGUAAUCUGUGUGUAAUGCCAUUAAAUAAGACCAGUGUGGAUGUUCUGGGGAAGUACAGUGAUAGUUACCAGCACUGUAUGUGGAAUUGUGUUCAUGUGCAGUUUAAAGAUGGAUUCUGUUAACUCCAGAGCUACUUUGUCACCCAGUGAAGAAAUGGUAUGUAAUUGCAAGUUGUAGCUUAGUGAGGUCUGUUAUUUAUUGGUGCAGUAAAUGACGUUGUGAAGGUGCUUGGUUUUAAGAUACUUUGAUGUAAAGUAGUCUGAGAAGACUGCAGGACUGUCUGCUUUGGGAAACAUCUGGAAGCUUUCCUGCCAAACUGAAGAGCGGGAUGCUUUACGUGGGAUCAUGUGUUGGAACUGCUAGGAAAUGGCUUGGGUUCCUUAGCAAAGUUGCUGGGACAGUAUUUCUCCUGAGGAGUGAGCUCUGUUUUCAGUGCUUCAGCAAUGAAACACCUUCUUUCAUCAUGUACAUAGAGAAUUCUGUUGCCUUGCAGCAAACAGCAGCAUCUGUGGGUGCAGUUGCAGAUGCAAAACACA